AUGCUCGCCUUCAACGUCAAGACGACCGAGCCGGUUCCGGUCGAGGAGCGGCUUCGGAGGCACGUCGACACUAGCCGGUUCCCGUCGGGACACGCCUUCCUCAAGGACCUGCAGGGCUGGCGGGAGAAGAUGCGGAGCCAGCGGUUCGGCACGAACGGCGCCGAGGCGGUUCGCGACGGCCAGCUCCGCUACUACGCGCUCGCGACGCACGCGGAGCACCACUUUCGCACCGUGGACCUGAAAAACGAGGCCAAGGUCGUCUUCCGCUGGUACGACACCUUCUCGACGAGGAGGUUCGUAGACCAGCCCGACUGGGCCUUUGAGCGCGCCAGCGUCCUCUUCAACGUGGCCGGCGCGCUCUCGUACCUCGCCACGUCGCAGGAGCGGGGCGAGCGGGGCGACCCCGAGCAGAUUAAGCUGGCGUGCCGCUACUUCCAGGAGGCGUCCGGCGUGAUCAACGAGCUGCGCAAGAUCGCGUCGAACGCCUCGUGGCUCAGCUUCACGCCGGACAUGACCGACGAUUUUCUCGAGGCGCUCAGCUGCAUCAUGCUCGCCCAGGCGCAAGACUGCUUCUACGAGAUAUGGCGCUCUCUCCUUACCCUAAUCCUGACGCGAGCCCUAGCCCCUGCUCCAGGCGCAAAAGACGCGGGCCUCAAGCUCAAGGCGCCGCUGCUGCAGGAGGCGAUCAGCUCCGAGUGGCUCGCCGUCGUCGACUGGAACCGCGCGCUCUUCGAUGGCGUGCAAAACUACUAUGCACAGCGCGCGCUCUUCGAUGGCGUGCAAAACUACUACGCCGCGACGGCCCGACGGACCUAA